AGCAUCCAUGCACUGAUGUUAAUUGUCUCUGGUUGUGUUUUGCAGGACGACAAACUGAACGCUCUGAUCAAGGCCGCCGGUGUGACCAUCGAGCCCUUCUGGCCCGGUCUCUUCGCUAAGGCUCUGGCCAGCGUUGACAUCGGCAGUCUGAUCUGUAACGUUGGAGCCGGUGGUGGAGCUGCUCCGGCUGCUGCUGCUGGUGGUGCUGCUGCUGCUGCUCCUGCAGGUGGAGAUGCACCCGCCAAGGAGGAAGAGAAGAAAGAGGAGAAGAAAGAAGAGUCCGAGGAGUCUGAUGACGACAUGGGCUUCGGUCUGUUCGACUAAAGCAGCUCUUUUAAUAAAAAACAUUGAAACUGUCAA